UUGCCCUCCUAGUAGUGUUCAAGGGGACCUCAGCCUGGCCCCUAGACAUGGAAGCCUCUGAGGAGCCCAGGCAGUGCCCUGCCCGGGGGUCAUGCCCAGUGUUCUUGGCCAUGAGCUCAGGCACUGUCCGCUAUGCCCCAUCAGGUUUGAGUCCUAUACCUGAGAGGAACUGUAGAGAGGAACACUGGAAUACAAACAGCACACCUCAACCAGAUGAGGACCUCUCCACAGGCCUCUCGGCUGUCUCAGUACCCUGGAAAAGCCUUGGCCCCAGCAAAGGUCACCGGGAAUCCCCAGGAAGCCUGGUGGAAACCUCUGCUUCCCGGAAGGAGGCCCAGGGUGAAGAACACUCAGCAGCUGCUCCCCUGGAUGUGUCACGCCUGCGCAGCUCCUCCAUGGAGAUCCGAGAGAAGGGAUCAGAGUUCCUGAAGGAGGAACUACACAAAGCCCAGAAGGAGCUGAAGCUGAAGGAUGAGGAGUGUGAACGGCUUUGCAAGGUGCGUGCGCAGCUGGAGCAGGAGCUGGAGGAACUGACAGCCAGCCUGUUCCAGGAAGCUCACAAGAUGGUUCGGGAAGCCAACAUGAAGCAGGCUGCAUCAGAAAAGCAGUUGAAGGAGGCUUGGGGCAAGAUUGACAUGCUGCAGGCAGAGGUGACAGCCUUGAAGACACUGGUCAUCACGUCCACACCAGCCUCUCCCAACCGUGAGCUCCACCCACAGCUGCUGAGCCCCACCAAGGCUGGACCCCGAAAGGGCCACUCACGCCAUAAGAGUACCAGCAGCUCCCUCUGCCCAGUUGUGUGCCACACAACAGGGAAUAUCCCCACCCCAGACAGAGACGGCAAGGAGGUGGAUACCACCCUGUUUUCAGAGUUCCAGGCUUGGAGGGCAUCACCUACCCUGGAUAAGGACUGCCCCUUCCUGGAAAGGGUGUACCGGGAGGAUGUGGGCCCCUGCCUCGACUUCACAGUGCAGGAGCUCUCGGCUCUGGUGCGGGCUGCUGUGGAGGACAACACACUCACCAUCGAGCCCGUGGCUUCACAGACUGUGCCCACAGUGAAGGUGCCCACUGUUGAAUGUAACAACACCAAAACAUGUGCCCUGAGUGGACUGGCCCGUACCUGUCACCAUCGAAUUCGCCUCGGGGACUCUGAAAGUCAUUAUUACAUCUCACCAUCGUCCAGGGCCAGGAUCACUGCAGUAUGCAACUUCUUCACCUACAUUCGCUAUAUCCAGCAAGGCUUGGUUCGGCAGGAUGCUGAACCGAUGUUCUGGGAGAUUAUGAGACUUCGGAAGGGGAUGUCACUAGCCAAGCUUGGCUUCUUCCCCCAGGAGGCCUAGGGCAUGGCCCCAGGCCUGAAGUAGGCUCUGAGCUAGAGCAAACAGCUGCCUUGGGACAGACAGACAAGAAAUCCUGGAGCCAGCUUGAGCCAGAAGCUGAAAGGACAGAUAAACAGCCAGGCUGUAGAGACAGCACUAAGCCAGUCCCGCCCAUUCCUCCUGGGACAGACAGAAGGACAGCCUGCCCUGGACUUCAUGAGAUGACCCUCUUGCCCACUGGGCUCUGUAGCCACUAAGAGACUCUCAAGAAAGCACCAAAGAUCAAGGCACUUGGAACCAUAUUGGGGAAAGGCUCAGUCCUAGAGAGGGGACCCUUGAGCAGCCAGUACCCUCUCCACAAUUCCCUGCUGCUUACCAAUGCUCUGUUGCUGCCACAUCUUUAGAAAGGGACUGUUAUAAGGUGGCUGGAUCUCCAGAGUAUGCUCCGCCACAGCCUCUAAGCCCUGGGUCAUCAGCACCCCCUUGUGGCCAUCUCUCAACCUGUACUGAGUGGCCUCAGGUUGCCCCAGCAGUAGGGCAAGCAUCUCUCUCCAAUCUGAGAAUUCUGGAGGGACAACUGCCAGAAAGUGCUCUGAAAAUGAGUCCUAGACACACCCAUUCCUCUGCAUAGAGGCCUCUCUUUCCCCUCCCUUCCUACUUCAACCCCAUCUCCAGGAGGUCCUGGUCCUAAAAUUGCCAGGGGCCUGGGCUCUUUCUUCCCAAAGUGUGGCACCAGGGAACCUCGGGACAUUUGGGCAGCCAUCCAGACUACAGGGGCCCUGGAUGUGGGACUGGAUGGAGUGGGCAGGCUACCCAGGACCUGGACCCUGCCUUAUCCAUCAUAGCCCACCGGGAACUGGGCUUGGGGGUUCCAACCUGGGCAUAUUCCCUCACCACGCCCCUAUUUCCUUCGAGUGGAAUGUAACGCGAUCUCUAUUUAAUAAAGGAAGGCUUUGUUGGUA